AUGUCCGACGUACGCUCUCUUUUGCGGCAACAGCGCGCCGCUCGCCGUAUCGAACACCCAUAUGCCGUCUAUUCUGAUGCGGGCAAACUUCUAUGCACCCUCUGCCACGAGCACAUCAAGACCGAAUCGUUAUGGGACUCACAUGUCCGAGGAGAGGCACACAAAACUCGCUUAAUAAAAGUUCAAACAGCGGCAUCGUCCAACGCUCGAGCUUCACAACAACAGACUUCACAAAAACGGAAACACGACGAUAACGAGGAGGCUAUCGACGAUAAAGACGGAGAUGUCGAAAUGGACGAUGGCAGGCGGAAACGAAAUAAGACCGAUGGAGUGGAUGGAAUGGAUGGAGACGGAGAUAGGGAUAACAAGGACCAGACUUUGACGCCACCUCGAUUGACUAGGAGGACGUCGACUACACCGUCACAAGGGGUUGAGAUCCAAAUCCCAUCGAGACCAGCAACACCAGCCCAUCGAGAUGGCUCUUCCUCUUCUACCCCUGGAGGUCAGCUUAAUAACCUGGUCUCACAGUCUACAACUGCAUCGCUCCCCUCACGCCAGGCCAGCAGUCUGACUACAGACGAGCGCCUUACAUCUGCGGCAGCAAUAGCGGUCGAUGAAGCAGAAUGGGCAGCCUUCGAGGCCGACAUUGCUGCUACAACAGCCACAUACGAUGAAGACGCGACUAUAUCAGCCCCAGCCAUGACGGCAGAACAAGCUGCCGCUGCCGAUGCCCAGAAGGAGGAGGAGGCCGAGAAGCGACGCGCUCAAGCUGAUGUCGAUCUCGAAGACGAAAAGGAGGAAGCAACCCGUGCGCUUGAAGAGGAGUUUGAAGAAAUGGAAGAGCUCGAAGCUCGCGUGAAGCGGUUAAAGGACAAGAGAGAAGCCUUACGGAAACGUGGUGAAAGCUUCAGUCAAGAAAAUGGCACUGAAAACCCUACAAGCUUAGGCAAAGAGAAUCUGGACACGCCAGCUAUUGAAGAGAAGGAAGAGGACGACGAUGACGAGGACGACGAUGAAGAAGAUGAAUGGGAUGGCUUCAGGUUUCGAACAGCCUGA